AUGAUAUUGGAAUCUGUAUUUUCGUGCUCGAAUCUGCUUCUAACAUGUGGAUCCUCAAUUUACAUCCUGAUAAAUCAUUCCUACGCGCAAUAUUCCAAAUUGUUCCCCCAUUUUGUGCUCGCUUGCGCUGGUAUCUCCAUGAUCGGUGCUCGAUCCUUGAUCGUUCUCGUGUACAAACUUUUCUUCAAGGAGUAUCCGUUUGAUCCGGUGAUAAUGGAGAUCGAGGAGGAGAGGUGCAAGGGAAGAUUCAAUAUUUUAGACGAGGUCCUUGGAACCCUAAGCAUGGCCGGACUAAUUUAUUCGCUGUAUUCCAGUCACAGGUACUACAUUCUCGGUGGCUGCGUUGCUGCUAGUUUGUCAACUUUGGACGUGAUCAAAUUGCACAAAAUGGCGACAACGCAAUCACAGGAAACAGAUAUUCCAGAUGGUUCCUAUUCUCAGUCUAAUAUUCUAAACGAAACAAGGUUCUAUAUUUUCACUUGGGUGAUUCUCGGCGGAUAUUUCGCGUACGCAGUAGGCAACCAUUAUGCGUUAGUAGCGAAUUAUCCCUUCAUUUUGACAAACUGGGCUCUGCCUCCGGAGGGAUUUUAUCAAGGAUGGACCAUACGACGCUCCAUAAACGAUUAUAUGAUGUUGAUUUACAUAAUGUGCAUGACAGAAGCGUUUCGACAAGCUAACUUGCCGUAG